CAUAUGAUUCCUGGUACUUUUAAAGGAGAAACACAGAGGGAAUUCUGAGGUGAUCAUUAUGUUUUGGAGGCUUCAGUGAGUGAUUUUGGGGGACAAAAAUUCACGGUAUUCAGGAUUACUUGGGAUACAAUCAUUCAAUGGGAUUAUGCACAUCAUUGAUCUGCUCUGAGCAAGAUGGAGCUGGGCUUCUGUAAUCAGUCUUUGGAAAGAUAGCAUCACUAUGAUCAUGUAUGGAGAGAUGUUACUAAACUCCAGCAGUGCAACUGAAGCCCAGAUCAUGCUCCAGACUGACACUCCUUACCUGAGCAGCACUCAGAGACCAGUCAGCUCCUCAGCCUUCUAUAUGUCUACAGCCAGGGUACUGAAGGAAGGGGAGAUCAACAAACCUGACCUGGUGACUUAUAUUGUCCUAUUUGUCCUUCUCUUCUUAUCGGUGACUCUUAUUGUCCUUUUCAUUAACUGCCAGCUACGGAAUUCUUUCUUUGUAGGUUUACCUUAUGACAGAUCCCUCAGAGAAGCAAGGAGUCCCUGGAAGACACAGUCUGUCUGAAGAUCAUGUAACCAGC